AUUCUAAUCUCGUGUGUGGAGAUCACUGGAGAAUAAAUAGCCUUUCUCUGCAGAUAUCGCUGCUGGCGUUGGAGUCGAUUCUUGUGUUUGCUGAAAGGAGCCUUGGUACAUCUCAGCUCCUAGCGCUGGGGGUUGUGUCGGCUCAGUGAGGUUCUAUGUCAGGGAGGAACUCCAAUCAAGACCAUUCGUACCAUCGCCAACGCUGCAAUCUCUUUACAGCUGCAGACGGUCGCUUCUUCGAUUGAUCACUGGAUUUUGUUGACUGUCCACUUCCGGUUCAGUGAUGAGUGAGUGCUUGCAACUGGCCACUCUGGGCCGGCCUUUCCAGUUGGGAAUGCUGUACGACUGCCGAUCAGAUGCUCUGAUCCCAGGCAUCACCCUGUGGGACUUGCAGACACCGCAGAGCAACCUUGAUCGUCGUGACCAGCCCAGCACUGAGUUUCACAUCAUUGCAUCAGACUCCAUGGAGAAGAAAGCCAAUGCCCUCAAUGUGUCAGAGUCACUGAAGGCGAGUAUCCUGGGUGGGUUAGUGGAGGUGAAAGGGUCGGCAAAAUAUCUCAGUGACACAAAGGAAUCAGAGCAACAAGCACGAGUUACCCUUCAGUACAAAGCAACAACCAGGUUUGAACAACUGACAAUGAGUCACUUAGGGAGACAGAAUAUUACCUACCCGAGUGUGUUUGAUGAGGGCUCAGCCACCCAUGUCAUUACAGCAGUGCUGUAUGGGGCCCAGGCCUUCUUUGUGUUUGAUCAAAUGGCUUCAUCAUCAGAGAACAUACAGGAUAUUCAGGGUAACAUGGAGGUGAUGAUUAAACGUCUCCCUAAGAUUGCGAUCGAGGGAGAGGCCUCCCUAGAAAUGACAGAAGAACAGAGCUCUCAAGCCGAGAAGUUUAGCUGCACCUUUUACGGGGAUUUCUCACUGAAGAACAAUCCCACCACCUACAGAGAUGCCAUCAAUAUCUUUGCAACACUUCCACACCUGCUGGGCCCAGGUGGAGAGCAUUCAGUGCCUGUCACAGUCUGGCUCUAUGCUCUCAAUAAACUGGACACCAAAGCUGCCCAGCUGGUGAGGGAGAUCAGCGUGGGACUGGUCAAUCGCUGCCAGUGUGCCCUGGAACAGCUCAAUGAGGCCGUGAUGAGGUGCAAUGACCUGAUGAAAGACAGUGUCGCAGUUCAGUUUCCUGAGAUCGGGGACAGGAUACUUCAAUUCCGAGAGAUGUGUCAGGAGUACAAACUGGUUUUCCAACGGGCCUUAGCCAGAGUUUUGCCGUCCAUUCGGGGCGGUGGGAAGGAGGAAGGGUUGCUGACGGACAUACUGAAGAACAGGGAGCAGUCACCAUUUAAACACCAAUCACUGACCACAUGGCUGAAUGACAAGGAAUGGGAGAUGAUGGUUGUGGGACGUUGCCUCAGGAUAAUGAAAGACAUACCUGUUGUGAAAUCAAGGAGAGAGUUGCAUAAAGUGUUGAUGGAUCCAGCAACAGACUACGUGGUCUGCUUCACAUUCACAACACUGCAUCAGGAGGAUUACUACCUAACGGAGGCAAUCAACUACCUUCAAUCUCUCACAGUAGAGAAAAUGCAGAUGCCACCUCCUGCUGCCGGAGCCUGUACAACACAACACAGCAAGCCCUGGUUUCACUCAUCGUCCAUAACUGAGAAGAUGAAGGAACGAUCCGGACUGUUCCUGGAUUUUGCCACAGACAACAAUGGGGACGGGAGAGUAAAAUUCCUUGUUGGAUCCGCACAGGAUGACAAUAAUGUGGGUGCGUCUAUUUACCUGUAUGGGGGAGGGAUUGUGAGUGGGACAACACACACAGAUUGCUGCUUUGAACCCCCGUCUCAGCCUGAGAGACCAACAGUGAGUGGGACAACACACGACAGUGUGACGCUGCAGUUAGAGCCACCCACAAGUGGUUCUGAUGAGAUUGUGGGCUACAAGGUAGAGUAUCGAGGUAGCCAGCAGGAGAAAUGGACAAUACUGGAUACACCUGACACAUCCCACUCCUUCACGAUAUCUGGGUUGGAGCCACACCAGGAAUAUCACAUCCAAUACAGAGCAGUGACCAAGGUAGGGGUCAGCAAGGCCAGUGAAAUCUACAAGGUCUCCAACCGGCCGACAAGUCCUCCUGUUAAACCGGUCUUCCAGGAUCAGUCACCCAGCCCAACACUGUCCGGGGACGGAUCAAGUCAGAUUGGAGCCGACGUAUUUCAAUACAGGAAUGAAUACAAGGAAGAAUCUUCGAUGGAUGCAUUGGACAGAUCAUGGGAGCAGGUUCAGACAAAAGACAGACAAUGCCACGAUAGUUCAGACGGACCAAAGAGAAUUGCCCUGAAACUUCUCGAACAAGCUCAAUUAAUAUCCAGAGGAAACCCUUCCAUUUACAAGCUCAACCUAGAAAGGGAGGUGUUUAAUCAGUCCAAGCAACUUGUGAAAUGCUCCUUAGGAAAGCCCACCACUAUGCACAAGAUGAAGACAAUUAUGUUGCUGGGGGCAACUGGAUCAGGAAAGACAACCCUCAUCAACGGGAUGAUCAACUACAUCUUGGGCGUGGAGUGGGGGGACAACUUCAGAUACAAGUUAAUACAGGAAGAGACGGGAAAAUCCCAGGCUGAGAGCCAGACCUCCUCCAUCAUUGCCUACCAUCUCCACCACCAGGUAGGGUUUAACAUCGACUGCUCUCUGACUAUCAUCGACACGCCAGGAUUCGGGGACACCAGGGGCAUCAGCCGGGAUGAACAGAUCACUGAGCAAAUCCGCGAGUUCUUCACUUCCCCACAGGGCGUUGAUCAGAUCGACGCGGUCUGUUUCGUCGUCCAAGCCUCCUCGGCUCGCCUGACCCAGACACAGAAAUAUGUCUUCGAUUCCAUCCUUUCCAUUUUUGGCAAAGAUAUCGCGGAGAACAUUCAGAUACUGGUGACGUUCGCGGACAGGCAGCGCCCCCCAGUUCUGGAGGUCCUGAAAGCUGACAAGGUACCCUGCCCUAAAGACAAAAAGGGAUUGCCAGUACACUUCAAGUUUAACAAUUGUGCCAUUUAUGCCCAGCGUCCGACCUCUGGUGACGAGGGGAGAUCUGACGACAGUGGGGAAGAGGAUGAUGACUUUGACCUGAUGUACUGGAAGAUGGGGACAAACAGUAUGAAGAAGUUCUUCACAGCUCUGAGCACGAUGCAGGCGAGGAGCCUGUGCCUGACCAAAGAGGUUCUGAAGGAACGUAGCCAGCUGGAGUCUGUAGUGGCCGGGUUGCAGACUCUGAUCCAAGCAGGGCUGACCAAAUAUGAGGAGCUCAAGAAAACCCAACAAGUUCUGAACCAAAACCAGUUCAACCUGGAGGAAAAUAAAGAUUUUGAGUACGAAGUUGAUGUGACUGUUAAAGAAAAGAGGAAACUUGGCAGCGAUGAUUCAUUAGUAAACAACUGUACGGUUUGUAAAUACAGUUGUCACGACCCCUGUACGUAUGCAGGUUAUAUUUUCAAAUACUGGUGUUCAUCAAUGGACAUACGGGGAAAUUGUGUAGUCUGUCCGGGGAAGUGCGGUGUGCUAAAACACCGAAGGGAAAAGUACAGGUAUGUCUGUGUAACAAAAAAGGAGAAGAGGACGUACAACGAACUGAAGGAAAAGUAUGAGAAGGCAUACGGUGAGAAGAUGAGUCAGCAGAAGAUUAUGGAGUUACUUGAGCAGGAGUUUGCUGAGGUGGACAAUACAGUUCUGGAGCUGAUUCAAGAAUUAUCCCAGGGCAUUAGACGACUUGAAGAAAUAGCCCUGAGACCAAACCCGUUGUCCACCCCGGCUUAUAUUGACCUCCUGAUUCAGGCUGAGAAAAAUGAGGCGAAGCCAGGCUACAUUGAGCGAAUUCGGGCACUGACCGCUUUGAAGAACAAGGCAGAGGUCAGAGAACAAAUCGCGUACAACGCGAAGCUGUUACCAGAGUAUUCGAAGGAAGGUGCGGCGGGAGGGAAAAGUACUGGAGAAAUGUUAAAGAAAAAAAUGUCAAACAUGAUGGAUUGGUUCUCACCCAAUUAG